CCGCUGCGGAAUUGCGAGUCGGCGAAAGCGGCGGGAAGUUCGUAGUGGGCAGAAGGCGACGGGUCUGCGGCUCGGGUGAAAAUGCCUCGUGUAAAAGCAGCUCAAGCUGUAAGACAGGGCCCUGCAAAGAGACGUCUUGCAGAACACUUUGCAGCUGGGGAGAUAAUCACUGACCUCACAAAAAAGGAAUGGAAACUAGGAUUACCCGUUGGCCAAGGUGGCUUUGGUUGUAUAUAUCUGGCUGAUAUGAAUUCUUCAAAGUCGGUGGGCAACGAUGCACCCUGCGUUGUAAAAGUGGAACCCAGUGACAAUGGACCUCUUUUUACUGAAUUAAAGUUCUACCAGCGAGCUGCCAAACCAGAGCAAAUUCAGAAAUGGAUCCGUACCCGUAAACUGAAGUACCUGGGUGUUCCUAAGUAUUGGGGGUCUGGUCUACAUGAGAAAAAUGGAAAAAGUUACAGGUUUAUGAUAAUGGAUCGCUUUGGGAGUGACCUUCAGAAAAUAUAUGAAGCAAAUGCGAAAAGGUUUUCUCGGAAAACUGUCUUGCAGCUAAGCUUAAGAAUUCUGGAUAUUCUGGAAUAUAUUCAUGAGCACGAGUAUGUACAUGGAGAUAUCAAGGCCUCAAAUCUUCUUCUGAGCCACAAGAAUCCUGACCAGGUGUACUUGGUAGAUUAUGGCCUUGCUUAUCGGUAUUGCCCAGAAGGAAUUCACAAAGAAUACAAAGAAGACCCCAAAAGAUGUCAUGAUGGCACUAUUGAAUUCACCAGCAUCGAUGCGCACAAUGGUGUGGCCCCGUCGCGACGUGGUGACUUGGAAAUACUUGGAUACUGCAUGAUCCAGUGGCUCAGUGGGCAUCUUCCUUGGGAGGAUAAUUUGAAAGAUCCUAACUACGUUAGAGAUUCCAAAAUUAGAUAUAGAGAAAAUAUUGCAGGUUUGAUGGACAAAUGUUUUCCUGAGAAAAACAAGCCAGAUGAAAUUGCUAAAUACAUGGAAACAGUGAAAUUACUGGACUAUGCCGAAAAACCUCUUUAUCAGAAUUUACGAGAUAUUCUUUUGCAAGGACUCAAAGCGAUAGGAAGUAAGGAUGAUGGCAAACUGGACUUCAGUGUUGUGGAGAAUGGAGGUUUGAAAACCAAAACUAUAACAAAGAAGAGAAAGAAGGAAAUUGAGGGCAGCACAGAAUCUACUGUUGAAGAUAUGGAAUGCUCAAAUACACAGACAGAGGAGGCCACACAAACUCGAAGUGAGGAGUCCCGAGGAGCAGUACAUGGAGGCAUGUCUGAGCCAGAGGCUAGCAGCAGCAGCUAUGACAGUUCAAAAACCAGAAAGAGAGUCCAGAAGUAGAUCAAAAGCUGUGAACCAGUUUUCCUUUUCUUCCUUUCAUUUGAUUUUUUCUUUUUUUCUGUUUUAUGUGUUUUUUUUUUCAUGUGAGUCUUGUGGGGUGGGAGUAACAAUAAAGUACCUAUGUCUUUGAAAAACAUA